AUGUUGCUACCAACGAUUAUCCAUUUUGAUUUUCCAGCAAAACUUGUCGAAUGGUUGAAUAUGAUUAGUAAACGUAAUAUUUCAUCUGAUCCACUUGACUCACUUAUUGUUGCAAUGAGCAAUGUGAGUGAAUGUGAAGAAGGCGCAACUGCAUUGAACGAGGCCGGUGCCAUCGCUGCUAUAGAAAUGUCUGAAAAGGCUUCGGCUAACAGACUAGAAAAAAAUCAAUUUACUUUAUCAUUUUAUCCUCGAAUCUAUGCAAUGAUAUCAACAGCUGAUCAAGUCAAAACUCUAACGGUUCUUAAGCCAGCUAUUGAUUUUUUGCUCACAAAAAUUCAUGAAGCAAAUGCUUCAGCUGAUUUACGUUCGAAAACGGGUCAUCUCUACGAAUACUUAGUGCAACUCGCCAAACUUCUCAUUAAUGAUAAUAUAGCAACCUAUGUAUUAAAUGAUAGCAUAAUAGGUGGUCUUGGGUUCUUUGUUGAACUCUUUUUUAAGCACAAUAUUCUCCCCAUUAAUGAUCUAUUUGUAAAACAUCUCAUUCGACUAGCACUAUACAAUAUUUUAUGUAGUCUUGCAUUUCAUGAAUCUGUUCAACAAGAACUGAAAAAAAAUCAAAUAUUUAUAAAAUCUGUUUUGGAAGCUUCGAAUUCAUCGACUUCAAACACUGAUGCAAUUAUUCCUUCAUCAUUGAGAAACAAUUUGAUGAGUAUUAAAACAGCUGCUCAUGGAAUAUUGGUCUAUCUUGAUCAAUUCAAAAUAUCGAUUUCAAAUGAUAAUGAGCUUUUCAAUACAUCUACAACGAAAAUUCCAAUGGUUUCUUAUUCACAUUUAGAUGCCGAUUUCUGCAGGUCGGUUGUCACUGCUCUGAAAGAACGCUCCAUUUCAGUAUGGGUCGAUGAGGAUGGACAUUGUUUGUCAAACGACUGUUGGGAAGAAAUAGCAAUAGCCAUAAAGAAUGCAAGUAAGGUGCUUGUGAUUGUCUCAGAAAACUACUGUACUAAAAGCCGUUCAUGUCGUGUUGAGGCAAGUUAUGCUAUAAAACUCGGAAUUCCAAUCAUUGCUUUAUAUAUUGAUGACAAAUAUGAGGCAGAACCUUGGCUUGAUAUUCAUCUUACAGGAUUACAUGUUAAGUUCGGUAGCAAGCCAUUCGCUGAAAGAAUUGAUCGUCUCGCUAAAUUCAUAACUGCAAAUAAUUAUUCAUUAAAAUGUAUGGAAACGUCACAGACACAAAUGGUUCACUCCUCAAAUAAAGUCUGUAUACCAUCUAUAGUUAAUGAAAAUAAUAGUUCAUUAAAAACGAAGGUUUCCGAAUCUAAUAUUGAAUAUUCUGUGCCAAAAACAUCACCUCACACGUGGUCAAAAGCUGACGUUAGAGUUUGGUGGUGCACUGAAAGAACUCUUGUACCUCAAUUAUGCACGUUCUGUGAUGGUGAAGCACUCUGCGUAUACGCUCGGAUAUUCCUACACCGUUACCAACAAGAUCCAUUAAAACAUUUGCAAAGUCUACAAGAACAAUUAAAACACGACCAUGAUAUCGAUUUUUAUGAUGACCAUUAUGCAAAUAUAGUGAGUUCUAUGAUGUGGAUUGUAAAACAAAACAAAAAUGAUGAACGCGUAGUGAACAAGUAUUCGAAAUGGGCGUCAUGUAUACUCAUGUAA